GUGUUGGACUGAGCAUGGCCAGUUCUAUGGAGACUUGUCACGUGAUGGAGGAGAGCUUUGCCCCAAUGUCACAUGUCUAGGUCAGCGUGGAGUGUACAGUGCGUCCAGUGGUCUGAGGGUGGCCUAUCUCAGUGGGAGCUACCAGGGGAGGACCUAUCAGCAUCAAGACCAGGGAGAUAAUCUAUUGAUCAGUUCUCUUCCCAAUCACCUGGAGAAGUUGUUGAACUAGUUUUUGUUUCUCCAUCUAGCGACCAUAUUUCACUAACUCUGAUGUGUCCUGGCUGGAGGGUCAGUGUAGUGGAGAGGGCUACCGUGGAGUGGACAUUCUUCUCACGUCUGAUUGGCCCAUGGCAGUGGACAAGUUCACAGUGGCUCCUGACGGACUGGACCUGAGUGCAGUGGGGGCAAAGCCUCUGAGUAAACUGGCCAUGUGUCUCAAGCCACGCUACCAUUUUGCAGCUCUACACCAAACCUUCUAUGAGAGAAUACCGUACAGGAAUCACAAAAUUCUUCAAGGCAAGCCACAUCAUGUGACACGAUUCUUAGCUUUGGCUCAAGUGGGAAAUCCAGACAAGACAAAAAGAUAGCUGUAUGCAUUCUCUGUCACACCCAUGAGCUCCAUGGACAAGAAAGAGCUGACUCAGCAACCACCCACUGCCACCAACUGUCCCUACACUGAACUAGUCAAAUCUUUGUGCAGAGGGAGUCUCAAGAGGAGGCUGGGCCUAACUUCUUCUUUGCGGAGGGAUCUUAAUUCAGCUCAUCGCAAACAGAAGAGACAACAGGACGGAGGACCCCCUGCAAAGAGACGACCCCCUCCCCAGCCCAGGGGGCCGUGCUGGUUCUGUCUGGGGGGCAAGGAGGUGGAGAAACAUCUCGUGGUCUCCAUCGGAGAUCAUACGUACCUGGCUUUAUUCAAGGGUGGGAUGGUACCAGAGCAUGUCCUGGUCCUACCCAUCGGUCACUAUGCAGCCUCCACUGACGCACCACCAGAGGUUUUGGAGGAGCUUGGAAAGUUUAAGAGUGCUCUGAGGAAGUAUUUCAACAGCAAAGAUCAGUCGUGUGUCAUCUUCGAGAGAAACUACAAAUCACAGCAUCUUCAACUACAGGUUAUUCCAGUGACCAAGAUUCCAUCUGAUGCUCUGAGACAAGCCUUCAUAGAUUAUGGGCAGAGUAUGGGGUGGGGCUUGAGACUGUGCCCAGGGAAACACCACCCUCAGAGCUUGAGUACACUGGUGUCCCAUACUUCCUGGCAGAGUUUGAUGAUGGGGGAAAUGUGUUCACAAGACCAUUUUCUCACCAACUCACGCAGACAAACAACCAGAUCACUGAAUAUAGGUUAUAGUAUGUUUCUACUACUGUGAGCUCAUGAGGUAAACAGCACUCUCAAGUGAGUAGGUAAGAACAUAUCCGUGAGUCUCGUCACACCGACAAUGCACACCCUCUAACCUUUCUAUUGCAUACUCAGCAAAUGUCUCUUCCACAAAUCUGUCAUCAUACCUAUCGAGUGAACACACAAACUGUUCUAGUUCCUGGAACAAUACGUACGGACGUUUCUCUCUCCAAUUUGGAAGGGAGGUGUUAGCUGCUCCUCUCGUUCUGAAUCUGCCCAAUCAGAUCAACUCAUGCAUGUAUGGCAACCAAGGACGAGGAGACGAAAGCUAAGAAUUUUGAACCAUUAUAUUAAUUUCACAUACUGUAGUUCAUGAUCAUAAUUAUAUAAUAUCUCUCUCUAAUCUGUUCGUAAUUAAUUAUUAAUUAUGAUGAAAGUGAACGUAUCAACAUAAUUAUAAUUGUCAG